UGGCUGCAGGGUCACCGAAGGGCAGGGUGGGAGUGCCCCGCCGGAGCUCCGGGCCGUAACUGGGGCGGGGUGGCAGGGGCCGUACGGAUUUAGAAGGUGCGGGAGAGUCGCCAAAUGGAUCCGAGCUCCACCAGUUCCUGUCGGCAUGACCUUGGGCGGCUCAUUUCAUCCCACCAGGACUAGGUUUCCUCACCUGCAAAAUGAGAAUUGCCCCAGAUGACCCGAGCUCCAGAGCUAAGGCCCUGUGGCCUCUGCUGUAAGGAGCGCCCUUUCCGGUCUUUUAAGCCAACAUAGAAAAGAAAUUGUUGCUGUGGGAAAACUGAGGCCUGAAGAGGGGAAAUGACGUGACUCCGUUUUUCGUACUUGAGGCAUGAACCCAAGUCGUAGGAUCAGUCAGUUUCUUCCAGAGGGAGGUGGAGAUCUUAAUGUUCCUCAGUGCCAUCGUAAUGAUGAAGAACCGGAGAUCAAUCACUGUGGAGCAGCAUCUAGGUAACAUCUUCAUGUUCAGUAAAGUCGCCAACGCGAUCCUCUUUUUCCGCCUGGACAUUCGCAUGGGCCUGCUCUACGUCACGCUCUGCAUAGUGUUCCUGAUGACUUGUAAACCCCCCCUCUACAUGGGCCCUGAAUACAUCAAGUACUUCAAUGACAAGACGAUUGAUGAAGAGCUGGAACGGGACAAGCGUAUCACGUGGAUUGUGGAGUUGUUUGCCAAUUGGUCUCAUGAGUGCCAGUCAUUUGCUCCUAUCUAUGCUGACCUCUCCCUCAAGUACAACUGUACGGGACUGAAUUUUGGGAAAGUGGAUGUCGGGCGGUACCCUGACGUCAGUACUCGCUACAAAGUGAGCACGUCACCUCUCACCAAGCAGCUUCCCACCCUCAUCCUGUUCCAGGGCGGGAAAGAAGUGAUGAGGAGACCCCAGAUUGACAAGAAAGGUCGAGCUGUCUCUUGGACUUUCUCAGAGGAGAACGUGAUCCGGGAGUUCAGCCUGAAUGAGCUGUAUCAGCGUGCCAAGAAGCAGACCAAGACCCGAGAUGCAAUCCCUGAGGAGCCAUCUGAGUCUGCUGCUCCUCACACGCAGCCAGAUGAAGAAAGCAAGAAGGACAAAUAGGAGCUCUGCCCUUCCAGAGAUCCUUCUUCCUCCAGCUUUUUCCUGGUUGCCUUUUCAGGCCCUUCCCUUCCUGUGACUGAGGGACUAAACAGACUGAUGCCUUUUAGUAUUUAUAUUUAUUCCCUAUCUGGAAUAGACAUGGAACUAGGUCCAAGGCUGGGUAGGGGAGGAAUUAAGAAGGGCAUACAAAAGAAUGUCCUUUGUGCCUAAGCAUCUCCCCCAGUUUGGUCAGCAAUUUCACCAAAGGGGAAAGAAAAUCAAUUCCGUAUCUUGGAAGAAGGCAGUUUCCAUCUGAAUGUGAACAUUUUUAAUACGGACUGGGGGGCCUGGAAGAACACAGAAUGGGUUAAUCCAGAAGUCACGGUUUUGCCAGCCUGUGGUUUCAGUGGUUCUUCCAGAAGGCAAAUAGCAAACCCUUCAGACCAAACAAGUUUCGGGUCAGACGUACCACUAACAGAUCUUCAGGAUCGUGGACUUACUUCUCUUAGGUCUUUCUGGCCUUCCUUAUUGCUAUUUAACAUUUGGUAAAGAGUUGAAGCUUAACUUUGAUUUGGGUACUAAUUAUAAAAUCCAUUUACACCAGGACUGCCCUAGGGGAGUGUGGAAAGAUGGAGUAUAAGUUGCUUUAAGAAAGGUAGUUAAUUAAUUAGUUUCAACACUCCUUUAUUUUGAGCCCAGGAAAACCAAGAACACGUUGGGGACUGAAGGAGGAAGGCCUAGGUAGGGCAGAGGUGUUAUGCUUUUUAUUGGUUAUCUUUAGUUUUUUUUUUUUAAUCAACUUCAUUUCUCCCCCUCCCCAAUCAAUCUAUGUUCCACACUUCAAUAUUGAACAAAUAAAAAGAACAAGCCUAAAAAAAAUAAAGACUUCAGUAAACAUUG